AUGACUGGUACGCCUUGUAAACACCAAGGUGCAGUUGCGAUGAAAUUUCAUAUUAAAUUAUUAAAUUUUUUACCAUUAUUGACACCUGAUGACCAAAUGAUCUAUACCUAUAUUGCACUCAGUUGGGUUGCUAAAAGCAGUUCAUUUUAUGCUUCACUACAUAUAAAUUCCACGCCACAAGAACAAAGGCCAGAAUCGUCCAACAAGAUGUUAGAAACAACUUCAAACAUGGAAUCGUUUGAACAAGAAGAAACUGGGAACUCCAUUAUUGAACAAAGUGAAGAAAAUGAUGCAUCGCUCUAA